AUGCACUGCAUCUUGGUCUUGCUGAGCUUUUUCCUAGGCUUGCUUGCUCUUGUCAGGGCUGAAGCUCACGAGGAAGCUCCAGAGCUCAAUGUCAUCACGACAUUCCCCAAUAAUCCCUUCAAUAUUGUGAAGAACGGUCAGUCAACCCGAGUAGUGUUCACGUUUACGCAGCCUCGGGGUGUAGAACGCGCUAUUGCCGUGAACUCGCUGACAGGUGCAUUUUUGGAUCCUGCUCGUAAAGAUGGCGAAAGAAAGCGCAUCAUGCGCAACAUGACCAACAGGAUUCUGCACGAUGAUCCGCUCGUACAGUUUACGAACGGAAAGCCUCUUCAACUACCGUACGAUAUUCAUUCGGAGUUUAAGCCUCAAAAACUGGACAUUGAACUUCGUGCCACUGUGACGGACAAGUCAUCUUUGAACAAGUACAAUGUUCUUCUUUACCGUGGCUCCGUGACGGUCGAAGAGCCGCCUCAGAGCCUUUGGGACCUCGAGCUCUUGUCCGUCUACCUGUUUUUGGCUGGCUUAGUGGGUGCCGUGGCGUAUUACGUGUAUGUCUCAUAUAUUCAGCCCACUCUUCGUGCCAAUAUCUCGACGUCUUCUUCCAAGCGCAAGGAUAAGACCCCAGCACCCGUUGCCAAUAAAGACGGCAAAACGUACGAUGAGUCUUGGAUUCCCGAAGAGGCCAUCAGCCAGCAACAGCGUCCCCGUGCUCGCAAGAACCGAAGCAGAAAGUGA